AUGAAGUCAGAAGCUGUUAAAUCUGAGAGGAGGAGAACAAAAAGGGAGACAGAGGGGAGAGGACACUUUCUUUCUGCCGGCGGCAGCAACGUUGAUCCGGAUGAGAGGUGACCAGUGUUGGAGGGGAGGAGGUGAAGGUGUGUGUGUGUAAGUGUGUGUGUGCACGCUCAUCCGUGUGUGUGUGUGUGUGUGUGCACGCGCAUCCGUGUGUGCCGCCAGCGGAGAGACAGCAGGAGCCCGCCUCGCCUCCUCUCUGUUUCCCCCGGACACAGGCAGCAGCUGGCGGGCUGAGAUGUGAAGAGGACUGAAGUAUGGCAUGCAAGGAUGGUGCCUGCCAAGAAGGAGAUGGUGACAGUGACGCCACCCGCCUUUAUUCGGAUCCUUCUCUACUUUUUGUGUUUGACGACUUGUGUGAAGAAAAUCUGUGGACAAACAAAGAGGGAUGAAAAGAUCUAUCCGAAGAAUUUCACUUGGAUUUUGGACCGGCUUCUGGACGGCUAUGACAACAGACUGCGACCUGGAUUCGGAGGUCCUGUGACUGAGGUCAAGACUGACAUCUAUGUGACAAGUUUUGGGCCUGUUUCAGAUGUUGAAAUGGAAUACACAAUGGAUGUGUUCUUUCGGCAGACGUGGGUGGAUUGCAGGCUGAUGUAUGAGGGUCCAAUUGAGAUUCUGAGACUGAACAACUUGAUGGUGACCAAAGUCUGGACACCAGACACUUUUUUCAGGAAUGGCAAGAGGUCAGUCGCACACAACAUGACUGCCCCCAAUAAGCUCUUCCGGAUCAUGAAAAAUGGCACCAUCCUUUACACUAUGAGGUUGACCAUCAGUGCAGAGUGUCCCAUGAAGCUAGUGGAUUUCCCCAUGGAUGGACAUGCAUGUCCUCUAAAGUUUGGAAGCUGUGAAUAUGUGGUGAUGACGGUUCACUUCCACUUAAAACGUAAACUAGGUUACUUCAUGAUUCAGACAUAUAUCCCCUGCAUCAUGACAGUAAUCCUCUCUCAAGUGUCCUUCUGGAUAAAUAAAGAAUCGGUCCCGGCACGGACAGUCUUUGGCAUCACCACUGUCCUGACCAUGACGACACUCAGCAUCAGUGCUCGCCACUCUCUCCCCAAGGUCUCGUAUGCAACGGCGAUGGACUGGUUCAUCGCCGUCUGCUUCACCUUUGUCUUCUCUGCCCUCAUUGAGUUUGCUGCUGUCAACUACUUCACCAAUGCACAGACUGAGCGAGCCAAAAUGAAGCCAACCAAAUGUCCCCCUGUGCCCCAAACUACGCCUGUCAAGAUGAAAGACGCAAAAGAAGUGCUGCAGCAAAAUCUUGAUACCAACAAUUCCCUGAGAAAGCGGUUGAAUUAUAUUUCACACCAGGAUACAAGAAAUCAUCAGAGAGCCCAGUCCACCACCAAUGUUUCAGGCUUGGAAAGAGGACCAUCACUGAGGCCUUCAGCUGGUAGAGCCAUUGGCAGUUCCUCCACUCUUUCCCGCUCCAGCCCCAAGUCAGAAAGCCUGCUCAGUGUGGCCUCAUCCUCUGCCCAGCUGAUAAAGGGCAUGCCUCAGGCAGCGGCCUCCACUCCAGAUGUGAUGACGGGGAUGCCAAACAAGCAGGAUGCCAGCUCCUCGUCUCUGCAGCAUCUGCUGGGCCCCAAGCUGGAGCGCCUUCAAAUUAUGGGAAACAAACUGGAGCCAAAUCAAAUUUUGUGUUCCCAGCCCACCACUGCCAGCGCUGGUGGAACCAGUAAAAUAGACAAAUAUGCACGAAUCCUGUUCCCAGUGUCCUUUGGUGCAUUUAACAUGGUCUACUGGGUGGUUUACCUGUCGAAGGACACAAUGGAGGCCAAAAAUGGAUAGACGUUGCAUAAAGAAUCACUAUCAUCUCUUUUAAAUCAUGGGGAAAAAAUAAGGAAUUUAUAAGAGUUUGCAUUUCAACUAGAAGAAAGUGUUUCACUGACUUUUGUGGACACAUUCAGAAUGCUUCUAUAUUUUUCUCGUUAAGGUCCUGGGAGCAUAAAAAUGGGAAUAAAUAACCAAAAUCUGAAUAUUGUGACUCAGGAUAGGAGCAGCUGCGCAUUGGGAUGCUCCACCAUCCUCUUUAUAAAUCAUAUUUCGUCAUCUGAUUGGAAAGGUCUUCAUCAGCUUCAGCCACCUCACAAUCCGUGUUGGCGUGCAGCCAACACAAAGCAUGGGGAUUUAAUCAUGUUCCUAUUUUUGCACAGUUAUAUUUAAUCAAGAAACUGGUUCCCAGCUUGUUGUUAGCUAACAAUAUGUUAGCUAUGUUAGCUAUUAUUUAUGAUUUAAAGAGAUUGACUGAUAUGAUCUGAGAGUAUUUUAGGAUUCUUGUGGUGUUGUUGGUGACUUUAUGUUGGCAUGUAAAUGUUGAUCUAAAACGAAACUUGAUCAGAAAAAUUAUUGAUAACAGCUUUAUUGGAGUUUUGCUCAGUGGUAAAAAAAACACUUGUUGUACAGCAUCUUCUUGAUUGACAAAGCCAAGAUAAAAACCAGAAAUACAUCAGGAAGAACCCAUUAAAGAUGAGCUCCCAACAGUAGAACUUAAGUUUCUUUCAGUCACUGAUUGUGUAAAAGCCUUUAGCCUGUGGCUAAAUGUCUGCUUCCAGGUAAAACAGUUGUCUUUUGAAAGUGUUUAGUUUGUUGUUUGAAGCAAGUAUUUGAAGCAAAAUGCAGCAUCUGAAAGAUUUAGCAUAAACAAAACACUCCCACAACCGACUGACUAAUCACACAGUAAGUUCUUAUGUGGAGGGAGAUAAAAAUUCUCUUGGUGGGUUGUGGCAACAAGGGGUGGCAGAUUUGAAUCCGCGACACAAUUUUUGUCAUGAAACUGCAACAAUGAGAGAUGAGUUCGGCAGUUCAGAUGGAGCAAGCAGAGGCCUUAAGUGUUUCGAAACAAAAAUCCAUAACAGCAAAAACAGGGAACAGGAAGUGAAGACAUUUGCAGGCAGAAUUGUUUAAAAGAAAAUCACACCUUUCUACGUUUUUAGGCUAAUUUGUUUCACUGGAUGUUUUGUGGAAACACCUCUCAAGUGCAUCAGAGGGUUCAGGAAUGCAGCAAGAACAGAAAAUCUAUAUCACUAACAGACAUUUUUGAAGGAGAAAAAAAAAACAUGCCCAGCAGCUGUGAACUUACCUCUACUCUCGUUGACCACAAUGCAACUUUUGUCACUUGUAAAUAAUUUGGAAUCAAAAAUAUGCAAGAUCAGAAAGUCACAAAAUCAUUAGAAUUUUUUUGUUUCAUUUUAAUUGUACAUAUGUGGCAAAAUUGUACAUUCUUCUUUUAGAUAAGUGUAACCCUUCAGAAGGGUGAGACUGUUUCUUCACUACACUGUUUUACCUGUUGGACAUCAGAUCAGAUUUACUGAUCAGUAAUUUAUUUACCCGUUUUGAAAACAGACUCAUAUAUACACCAAAGUGUGAGAUCAUAAGAUUGCAGGGCACCCAAUGAAGAAGAAACCAGUUUUGUCUUUUGGACAUUUAUUACAAAAAUAGAACAAUUAAAUUAAACAGAAAAUUGAUUUAAAAAUAGUAAAAAUUACAAACACAAAAGACAAAAAUAAUAAAGGCUUAGAAAAUAGUUUAAAGGGGAGGUAUGGGAAGAUGCUUAGAUUAUUUUUUUUAAUUUUAUUUAGUCAAUUUGUUUCAUUCAUAAAAUGAAACAAUCUAUAUACAGUAAAAUAAAAAAAGCAAAUUAUGCCAUGAAUGAAAUGUGUGCAGAAUGGAAAAAAAAAAACAACCUUUGUUACUGUAACCCUUUUCUUUUACAGUGCCCUGAUUACCAUAUUAUUAUCUAGUAUUUACAUGUAAGUAACAUCAAUUUACUUGGUAAUUAGAGUAAUUUACUAUGUAAUUACUUGGUAUAAAAAUACAACG